CAAAAUUCUGAACCCGGAUAUGCUUGUAGCUUCCGGGUGAGGAUGUGCCAGCGGCUACAACAGUUUACAUGAGGCACUUUUGCCGGUAGUUGGGUGUGGGCACAAAGACAACGUGUAAUUUUAAAGGAGAUCCGGUUGUUUAGAGAUUGUAUUCGAACUGUUUUGAUAGGGUGUUCCUGACUCGCAGAUUUUUGUUGCCACACCCUUUCUGGUUUUUCUUUUUGUAUGUUUUAUCGUAUUCUUGCUGGUUCAUUUUUCUGGAAACAGUCUCUGUUGAACAUCUUUCCUGCAGUAGUAACUGUGCGAAGCCAGCUGGCAUCAGCAUUCAUGCAGCCCAAGGUUGUGUUCGUUUUAGGUGGCCCUGGAGCGGGGAAAGGGACCCAGUGCGUCAAGAUUGUGGAGACAUAUGGUUUUACACACCUCUCUGCAGGGGAUCUCCUACGUGCUGAACGUGCUAGACCAGGCUCUGAGUAUGGAGAAAUGAUUGACACUUACAUUAGAAAUGGAAACAUUGUGCCAGUGGAGAUUACUAUCUGCCUUUUGGAAAAAUCAAUGAAGGAGACUAUGGCAUCUGAUCCACACAAAUAUAAAUUUCUGAUUGAUGGCUUUCCUAGAAAUGAGGAUAACCUGCUGGGCUGGCAGAAGAAAAUGGAUGGAAAGGCAGUUGUGUCCUUUGUUCUAUUUUUUGAUUGUAAUAAUGAGGUUUGUAUUGACCGCUGCCUCGAAAGAGGGAAAAGCAGUGGAAGAACUGAUGACAAUAGAGAGAGCCUACAAAAAAGAAUAAAGACCUACCAGGAGUCCACAAAGCCUAUUAUAGAGCUUUAUGAAAAACAAGGCAAAGUUAGAAAAGUUGAUGGUUCCAAAGGUAUUGACGAAGUUUUUGAAGAAGUUAAGAAAAUAUUUGACAAGGAAGCUUGACUGCACAUUUUUGUAGAAGUACCACGCUUGAAUUUUACUGAAAAGCUGCUGCUGCAUUUAUUUUUUAAAAUUGCCCUUGGAGAUCAUUUGUUGUGUUAAUAAUAAAAUACAUUGUCUCAACCAAGA